GCGCGCUGCCGGGUCGGCCCCCGCUGCCUUUAGAGCCCCCUCAGCCGGGGAGCGGUGAGGGGGGAAACGGGGGGAGAUCUACGCUGAUCAUGGCGCUGCUGCUGGAGCACGAGUUCAAGCCGCUGCCGGCUGACAAGCAGAUCGAGACUUUGCCCUUCCUGGAGGCCGUGGCGCACCUGCCGCCGUUCUUUGAUUGCCUGGGGACUCCCAUCGUCUACUCACCAGUCAAAGCAGAUCUGGCUGGAAAUAUCAAGAAAAUCCGGGCGGUUUACGACUCCAACCCUGCCAAGUUCAAAACGCUGCAGAACAUCCUGGAGGUGGAGAAGGAGCUGCACGGCUCAGCCUGGCCCAAGACGGGCGCGACGCUGGCGCUGAUGUGGUUGAAAAGGGGUCUGAAAUUCAUACUGGUGUUGCUGCAGAGCAUCUCGGAYGGCGAGCGGGAUGAGGAGCACCCCAAUCUCAUCCGAGUGAACGCCUUGAAGGCUUACGAGAUCGCGCUGAAGAAAUACCACGGCUGGAUGCUGCAGAAGCUCUUCACGGGCUCAGUCUACGCUCUUCCCUACAAAUCCGAUUUGCUGAAGGCCUUGGAGAAGGGUAAAGAAGUCAAGGAAGAGGAAAGCAUAGAAAAAAUCCACCAGUUUGUGACGAGGGUCGCUCCAAUCCUGGAUGCAAUCUAUGAGAUGUACACGAAGAUGAACGCUGAGCUGAGCUACAAAGCCUGAAGCUGGCACAGGAUUGGCACAGAUUAAGUAACGUGUGAUGGGUGUUACCUGUGUCUUCAUCGCUGAGGCAGCUGGGGCGGCUCCCAGCUCUCCGGUGGCUUCGAUUCCUGUCUGGAUCUGCAGUGGAUAAUGUCUUUUCUAACCAAAAAAAUAAUAGUAAUUAACUUUUCUAUUAAGAACACGGCAAUAAAACAAUUGUGGRUGUUAACCUAGGAUUUCCCAAGAGGAAGAAGAACAAAUGUUUCUCGUCCCAACUGUCGGAUUCCUGCCUUCAGUGGGGCAGGGAAUGAAGUGUCCUGCUGAUGAAUCAAUCACUCGGACUGUGCCUGGAACCCACCGACGGGCACCUCGUGUUGAUUGGCACUGGAUUGUCUGAAAUUAUGCCCAUGGUGGAGGAGCUUCCCGGGUGACCUCAACUCCUCCGGUGCCGGCGUGGGAGCGACCCCCUCUGCCAGAAUUYGGAAACCAGGGACUGUCCCCGUGGUGUUUGUGGUGCCUUACGAGCCCCCCUCGCCUCCCGGUGCUGCCGAGCCCCGGUGGGAGCAGCAAUUAAUAAAAACUGAUGGUACCCCUG